ACGGCAACUCUGACUGUUUUGAAAAAUAAUUUAGAAAAUAUCCCUUAUGAAAAUCAGAAUUUCGAUUUUUUGGUAGUGACUUUUAAAAAGAAUAUUAUACUACACAAAGAAAUAUUGAGGUUCACCUCUCUUAUAGAAGAGAGUUUUUCGUUCGUUAUAUUAACAAUAAUAUUGAGCGGAGCUCUGAUCAACUGUAUUUGUGGAAUAAUCAUUCUGAAAAUAAAUCUAACAUUAGCUGAAGGUUUCACAUUCUUCCUAUUCUUCGCUUGCGUGAUGAACCAAAUAGCGAUAUACUGUUGGUUUGGUGAACAAAUUAUGUCAAAGAGUGUUGAAAUCAGUACCAGUUCCUAUAUGACAAAGUGGUAUGCAGCAGAUGUGAAGUUCAGGAAGCUUUUGUUUAUAUUCAUGGAAAGAGUAAAGAAGCCGAUCAUACUGAGAGCUGGUAAUUUUUUUCCACUGAAUGUUCGAACACUUGCAACGAUCCUGCAUAAGUCAUAUUCUGCAUUCACAGUUCUACAACAAUUCUACAAGGAUAAAUAAACGCUUCAGUCACUCAAUAUCGCACCAUGGAACAGAUAACAAGGAAGGAACACUGCAUGCUUAUUCGAGUCCAUGAACAUUUAUAAAUUGAUCUAAAUAUUUAGUUAUACCUGGUCAACUCUGUACACUUCGUUAUAGUAGGUACCUAACAGAAUUUCAACUUGAAAAGUGUAAGUAUAAUACCUAUGCCUUAUUAUCUGAUGCAAUAAAAUUAAUUCAUUGUGGCACCGGCAGAGAAAAAUUCGGAUGACUCAACGCAAGGAACAUCUACCUACUACCAUAGAUCUAA